AGAGCAAUCCCUGGAUUGGGGCGGUCUCUGCGUCUGAGUGCUCCACUCGCCCUAAACACAGCCCCGCUAGCCAAACCCUGCCCGCCACGGGUUUUCCUGCUGGGUGCUCGUCAGCAUGUCCUUUAUUCCGGUGGCCGAGGACUCGGACUUUCCCAUCCAAAACCUGCCCUAUGGCGUUUUCUCCACUCAAAGCCACCCAAAGCCACGGAUUGGUGUGGCCAUCGGUGACCAGAUCUUGGACCUCAGUGUCAUUAAACACCUCUUCACCGGGCCUGUCCUUUCCAAACACCAACAUGUCUUCGAUGAGACAACUCUCAACAGCUUUAUGGGCCUGGGUCAAGCUGCCUGGAAGGAGGCAAGAGCAUCCUUGCAGGACUUGCUGUCUGCCAGCCAAGCCAGGCUCCGAGAUGACAAUAAGCUUCUGCAGCGUGCCUUCGUCUCCCAGGCUGCUGCCACAAUGCACCUUCCUGCGACCAUAGGAGACUACACGGACUUCUACUCCUCUCGGCAGCACGCCACUAACGUUGGCAUUAUGUUCAGGGGCAAGGAGAACGCGCUGAUGCCCAAUUGGCUCCACUUACCUGUGGGAUACCAUGGCCGAGCUUCCUCCGUCGUGGUAUCUGGCACCCCAAUCCGAAGACCCAUGGGACAGAUGAGACCUGAUAACUCAAAGCCUCCCGUGUAUGGUGCCUGCAAACUCCUGGACAUGGAGUUGGAGAUGGCUUUUUUUGUAGGCCCUGGGAACAGAUACGGAGAGCCGAUCCCUAUCUCCAAAGCCCACGAGCACAUUUUUGGGAUGGUCCUCAUGAAUGACUGGAGUGCCCGAGACAUCCAGCAAUGGGAAUACGUCCCUCUCGGGCCGUUCCUGGGGAAGAGCUUUGGAACCACCAUCUCCCCAUGGGUGGUGCCCAUGGAUGCCCUCAUGCCCUUUGUGGUGUCCAACCCGGAGCAGGACCCCAAGCCCUUGCCGUAUCUCUGCCACAGCCAGCCCUACACAUUUGAUAUCAACCUGUCUGUUGCCUUGAAAGGAGAAGGAAUGAGCCAGGCGGCUACCAUCUGCAGGUCCAACUUUAAGCAUAUGUACUGGACCAUGCUGCAGCAGCUCACACACCACUCCGCUAAUGGAUGCAACUUGAGACCCGGGGACCUCCUGGCUUCCGGAACCAUCAGUGGAUCCGAACCUGGAAGCUUUGGCUCUAUGCUAGAACUGUCCUGGAGGGGAACAAAGGCCAUCGAUCUGGGCCAGGGCCAGACCAGGACCUUCCUGCUGGAUGGUGAUGAAGUCAUCAUAACAGGUUACUGCCAGGGGGAUGGCUACCGUGUUGGUUUCGGCCAGUGCGCUGGAAAGGUGCUGCCUGCCCUCUCGCCAGCCUGAGGUUCCAGAAACCACAGACCACAGCCUUGCCUACUGCGGACGCUGCUGCGACUGCCCUUCAUCUGGGAACAAAUAAAGUCCUUGGCU